CAGUUGUGACAGUGGCAACCAUAAAAAAAGAGCGCGCGAUGGAUGGGACGGCAAAUUAUUUUAUUGUUGUGUGAACUUGUUUGUGUGUGAUGAGAAUCAAAUCAAGUAAUUUUUAAUGGCAACCUGUUGCCAAAAAAUGUUUGAAUCAGGUCAAUUAGAUGGUUACAUACCCGAAGCUAGUAGUGCAAAACAUUUAUCUGUUGUUAAUAAGUCCUCUUUGCAGCAGUAUAAACUAUCCCUUCAAAGUGCUUCCAACAUUACAUCAAAUAUUUUACUUCGCGAUGUCUGGCGCACGAAUCAAGAGUUUUUUGAUAAAGGUGCCGUAGCUUCAGAUAUUCUACUAGGGUCAGUCAAUGGACUGAUAAAAAAUAGGGACAUCAGUAAUGUGAGGACCUGGAAAAGUUCCUUGGAAAAAUGUAUAGAUCCAAUAGCUAUAUUUGAACAAAGUUUGCCUCCAUGCUCUCAGUGUCAAGGCCCCAAAGUAGAAUAUCAACAGUUUACAGAAGGAUGCAAAUGUGAUCUAGGUUUAUUACCACAAGCUAAUUUACGAAAGGCCUCAACUCCUGAAAGUUCCACAUCCACAUAUAUAAAAACAUUUGGUUCUGAUUAUGCGAAUUCGGAAGGGACAUCUAAUGAGAAACCUAUUUUCAAACCCAAAUUUGGGAGGACGAGGUCUAUAACGAGUAAUCAACCGGCACCUGAGCCAAUGAUCAACUCAGAAAAUUAUUUAACUAAAGAAGAGGAUGAGGAGAAGUCACAUAAACAAAAUGUGGCAAAGAUUACAUUCAAAACUGCCAGAGAGACACUGUUGGCAUCAAAUCCUGCAGCUAGAAGGACCUUGGGAGCUUCAAGAAAGGCACAGGCUAAGUUUGUGUCACCAAUGCUUGGAGCACAGGAUAAGCAAGAGGCGAGUCCAUCCAAAGUAAUAGAUGAGAGGCUCAAGCACAUUGACCCUAAGAUGAUUGAAUUAAUUGAAAGUGAAAUUAUUGACAAAGGAUCACCAGUAGGUUGGGAAGAUAUAGCUGGAUUGCAGAUGGCCAAGUCAGUGAUCCAAGAAGCUGUGGUGUGGCCACUGUUACGCCCGGACAUUUUCACUGGACUAAGGAGGCCUCCCAAAGGCAUUCUGCUGUUUGGGCCUCCUGGCACUGGCAAGACUUUAAUUGGAAAAUGCGUGGCGGCACAGUGCAAGGCGACGUUCUUCAGCAUCUCGGCGUCGUCGCUGACGUCCAAGUGGCUCGGCGACGGCGAGAAGAUGGUGCGCGCGCUGUUCGCCGUCGCGCGCGCGCGCCAGCCCGCCGUGAUAUUUAUAGACGAGAUAGAUUCUCUGUUGACGCAGAGGAGUGACAGCGAACAUGAGGCCACGAGAAGGAUCAAGACGGAGUUUCUGGUUCAGUUCGACGGUGCUGCCACUGGAGACGAAGAUCGAAUCCUGGUAAUAGGAGCAACGAAUCGCCCGCAGGAACUGGAUGAGGCUGCCAGGAGACGGCUGGUGAAGCGACUUUACAUUCCUCUCCCAGAUUCUAGUGCCCGGGAAGAGAUAAUAAGGAAUCUGCUGGUUUGCGAGAAGCACGUGGUGUCCCCCGCAGAGACGUCGACGCUGGGCCGGCUGAGCGCGGGCUACUCCGGCGCGGACGUGCGGGCGCUGUGCGCGGAGGCCGCCAUGGCGCCCGUGAGAUCCGUGCCGCUGUCGCAGAUUGCCACCAUCGACAGAGACAAGGUUCGUCCUGUAUGUGCGCAAGACUUCAUUAACGCUUUACAAAGAGUGAGACCGAGUGUCUCGCAAAAUGAUUUGGAGCAGUAUAUAAAAUGGAACAACACUUACGGCCAUGGGUUUUAAUUAAGUACAUUAAUUUCAUUUGAUAUUACA